CCCAAACAACCAACAGCACAAAUUCUGAAUGCAGUUAGAGAACCCUCGAGGCCGCGUCUGGACCAAGUCUGAGCUGUGUCUCUCAUUUCUGACUUUGGUUCUUUCAGUGGGGAAAAUGGCAAAGACACUUGGUUUCAUCCUUGUUGCCACUGCUCUGAUAACGUUCGGGGGAAGCUGGGGCCUGGAGGACUGUUUCCAGGAGGAGGAGCGGCUCAGAGCACAGGUGCGCCUGCUGGAGACUCGGGUCAAACAGCAACAGGUCAAGAUUGCACAGCUUUUGCAUGAGAAGGAAAUCCAAUUCCUCGACAAAGGAGAGGAGAAUAGUAUAAUUGACCUUGGAAGCAAGAGGCAGUAUGCAGAUUGUUCAGAAAUUUUCAAUGGUGGAUAUCAGCGCAGUGGAUUUUACAAAAUCAAACCUCUCCAGAGCCCAGUGGAACUCUCUGUUUAUUGUGACAUGUCUGACGGCGGAGGAUGGACUGUAAUUCAGAGACGAGCUGAUGGCAGUGAAAACUUUAACAGAGGCUGGGAUGACUAUGAAAAUGGCUUUGGAAAUUUUGUACGAAAAAAUGGUGAAUACUGGCUGGGUAAUAAACAUCUUCACCUAUUGACUACACAAGGAGACUACACUUUAAAAAUCGACCUUGAAGAUUUUGAAAAGAAUAGCCGUUAUGCACAAUAUAAAAGUUUCAAAGUUGGAGAUGAAAAGAAUUUGUAUGUGUUGAAUAUAGGAGAAUAUUCUGGAACUGCUGGAGACUCCCUUUCAGGGAAUUUUCAUCCAGAGAUGCAGUGGUGGGCCAGUCAUCAAAGGAUGAAGUUUAGCACAUGGGACAGAGAUAACGACAACUACAAAGGGAACUGUGCAGAGGAGGACCAGUCUGGCUGGUGGUUUAACAGGUGUCACUCUGCAAAUCUAAAUGGUGUCUACUACAAGGGCCCCUACACAGCUGAAACUGACAAUGGGGUUGUCUGGUACACCUGGCAUGGGUGGUGGUAUUCUUUGAAAUCUGUGGUUAUGAAAAUUAGGCCAAAUGAUUUUAUUCCAAAUAUUGUUUAAUUGUCCCCAUUGGGCUUUCAUUUCUGCAAUUCAUCUUAUUUAAAAUAAUUUGAGAAAUAGCAAUUCUGCACAUAUAUACAUAAUGAUGGCAAUUAUUGUGUGUGCUAUUUUUCGUUCUUUUUACUGGCUUUUAUUACUUAGUAUAUUUUGGGUGCAGCAAAUACACAUUAUUUGCCAAAUAAAUGUAGAUUGUGCUUAUACUUAUUGAAUUCUUAUGUGCAAAGGACUACAGAAAAAUUUAUAUUGCACAAAAAAUAAAAUAAAAGCAUAGACUAUAUAUCAUGAUUUAGGAUACAAUACAAAUAUAAAUGCAUAAUAAAUUAAGUUUUAAUGCAAUUGACAAAACAUGACAAAAUUUAGCACAUAAUCAUUACUGAAUCAACACCACAGACAAUAAAUAUGAGCUGGGCAUUGAACUCAGAUUUUGGCUACAGAGUUGAAAGCCUUAAGCAUAGCCCAGAAUGUUAAGCACUAUAAAACACUACUUAUAUUUUUGCAUGUUUGGGUAGGUUAUGCAUUUCUAUCACAGGCCUCAUAUUCUUAUGCCAGCCCUGGGAGACAUUGUUAUCGGCAUUUAAUAGAGCUGAAAAUGUAUGGUUCUGAGUUUCUGUGACUUCUAAAAGUUACAGAGUUAAAGAGAAGGGGAACAAGGACUUAAAUCUAAGACUCAAGGCUUCUGAUGCUAAACUGAAUGUUUUGCCUUUAUGCUGACACUCUUCUGGACAGAAGAGUAAAAGCCUGAGUCAAGAUAAGAUGUUCCAAAAAGUACUUGUAUGCCAACUAUACGUCAGGCCCAGAAAAGGCUGUUCAAGCACAUGGGGAGGUCAGCUAUUUGAGAAAGAUUACAUCAUCCCAAAAAUGUAAAUGAUUUUAAGAGCUGAUAAGUUUGCAGCAGAACUGUAUGCUUGGGGGAUAUAUAACAGUGGGCCUGACCUGCUGUGGGGAGUGGAUGGGGAAGCUGCUCACUAGGACUUUUUAAGCUGAGACCUUUUAAGUAAGUAAAUUUGGGGAAAUCAUUGCAGGCUGAGGGAAGCCCUGUAUAUAAAGUACACAAAUCAGGAAGGAAGUACAUGGACAUGCAAGAAGGUUAGAUAGGCAAUAUCGUUUAAUCAUUCUUAAAUCCUGAAGCCAGGGAUUCUGACACUUCAUAGCUUGUGGCCUUGGGAAGGAUAUUAACUUCUCGGAGCUUCACCUGUCUCACCUACAACAUAGUAUGUGCCUCACAGAAGUGUCUGGCAUGUGAUAAGACCUCAAACGUUUAUUAACUGACUGACUCAUUGAAGAUAUAAGUGAAAAAAUGAACAAAAUAUAUGAGUGUUAUUCUGUU